CGGUUGAACGCAAGCUCUGUCGUCACGAUAAUUUAUCGUCUACAUAUCUUUCCGGUUGUCUUCCCCAUGCCAGCACUCUCAAGAGCACUAGCCUCUCGCAUCUCUAAUUGCCGGCCUCUAUCAACCAAAAGCACAUGUAACUUCCGCGACGCCGUCACCAUUACGGGGCCGAAGAAUGGUGACAAUGUCGGCACAGAAGAGCCCAUCAUCUUCAAACAAUGGUUCCAAGACAUGCCUGCUACUCAGAAAUGGUUUACACCCAUGAAAUCCGACCCUUCAUACCAUGUGUUAAACCUGAGGUACCUUGAACAAUUCGAGGGCACGUCCGUACCACUUGAAUUGACCCGUUUUGAUGGGACAGAACAGCGUCCUGCAUCUUUCACACGGUCCGAAGCGCCUUUAUCCUUGCUUCUGAUGCACAUGAGCAGCAUCGAGCAAUCCCCUUCUAGCACAUUGUACCUUGCGCAGUGUCCCCUCGAAGACUUGCCUUCCACUUGCCAAGACGAUGUACCCGUUCCCGAUCUCAUCAGACGCAUCGGCCGCGGCGAUAUAUAUGCAUCCAGUCUAUGGAUGGGGCGUGCACCUACACACACACCGUUACAUCGCGAUCCCAACCCGAACCUUUUUGUGCAAUUGGCGGGGCGGAAAGUUGUACGCUUGGUGAAGCCCGCACAAGGUAGGCAACUCUACGAGCGGUCACGCGUUGGCCAGGGGCAUGCGAAUAUGCGAGGUGAGGAGAUGAUGGUCGGUAAAGAAAUGGAGCAGCUAGAGCAUGCUGUUUGGGGUGAAGGUGCAAAUGACGCGGAUGCUGUCAACGGCGUAGAAGCUAAACUCGAGUCUGGAGAUGCUCUUUUCAUUCCCCUCGGCUGGUGGCACGCCGUGCGUGGAAUAGGAAGAGGAGCCAACGCUUCAGUAAAUUGGUGGUUUAGAUGA